AUGGCUUCUGCGUCUGGAUCUGGAUUUGGUAGAUUUAUGAACUCGGCAGCGGGCCCAAAAACUGUUUUCUUCUGGGCACCGUUGAUGAAAUGGGCUCUAGUAGCUGCCGGACUCAAAGACUUCAAUAAACCUGCAGAUAAACUGAGUUUAAAUCAGAAUUUAGCACUCGCUGCUACUGGUUUCAUAUGGGUCAGGUACUCGCUUGUCAUCAAACCCAUAAACUACUCUCUCGCGGCUGUUAACUUUGGCGUCGGUUGUACUGGUCUCACUCAACUUGCUAGAAUUUAUAUGCACAAGCAGCAACGAGAGCAGGAUAUGAACAAUGCUGAGAAAGUACAAGAGCUGUCUACUUGA